UGAACGAGCGCCAUCAGACAGACGAUGGCAAACAAGUGGAUUGAGAAGAGGCAAGUGCUCCUCCGGCUGCUGCUGGUCGCAUUCGCUACACUGACUCUGGUGCUGGGCGCAACCCAGGCCCUGGAGUGCUACACCUGCGACUCGGCCGAGGACUCGGAGUGCGCCACAAGGCCGGGCCAGCAGCUGGAGGUGGAAGAGUGCGCGGCAGCAGGCGACGAGUGCGUUACCUCGAUCACGGCAGGUCUGACGCGUCGUGGCUGCCUGGCGCGCCUCCAUCCGAACGGCUACUGUCCGGAGCCCUGCGACCGCUGCAACACGAGCCUCUGCAACCGCCACGUGUUUCCCACGGAUCGGCUGCGCUGCUACCAGUGCACCGGAUCGGACUGCAUCGAUGUGACGGCCAAGCCGCAUCUGCUGCUUCCCUGUCCUUUCUACUGGGAGGGUGAUCGCUGCUAUACCAACGUCAUCCACCUGUCCAACACGCAACGCGGCUGCGAGCACACCAAUCUGCCCGCCACCUGUCCGCACGUCUGCCUCAAGUGCAACUACAAUGGCUGCAACGCGGAGCGCACCGUCACCGAGAGCCGCUGCCUCCAGUGCACCCACCAGCGUAUGUCGCCCAAUCCUGACUGUCUGCGCCAGCAGCAGGCGCCCGCGGCUGGACAAGAGCCACAGCAGUGCUCCGUCAGCAAUGAAACGGUGACGCAGUGCACCAACAAGGUGAUGUACGGCCACCGUGAGGGCUGCUACACGCACCUCAACACCCAGACAGAGGUGCUGCAGCGCGGCUGCUCCACCACGAUGGGCUUCUUUCCCACCGGAGAGCUGAGCCAGUGCUCCGGCGACUUCUGCAACGGCCAGUGUCGGGACAUUGUCUGCGCCGUUUGCAACUCCACCAGUAAUCCGGGCUGUCGCUCCGGCCGCAAUCUACCAACGGAGAAGUGCGCCGAUGGCACCGUGGCCUGCUAUUCCUGCGAGCAAGAUACUGUCCUUCGACGUGGAUGCGCCGAUGCCAACUUCUCCCCCGCGGACAGUGGCGGCGAGAGCUGCCAAUUUUGCCGUAACAGCGAUGGAUGCAAUCGCUGGUCCGUCCGCAGCUGCUACCGCUGCAACUCUCAGGAAAAUGAUGAGGAUUGUGCGGCCAUGACCAAUCCGGAGGCAAUGACGGUCAGCAAUUGCACGGAUCCGGUGGAGCUGUGCGUGAGCACGGUCAUCAGCCGUCUGGAUCUGGUCUACACAGUGCGCGGAUGUGCCGGCGAGGUGCCCGAGUGCAGUGCCAACGAUCCAUACUGUGUUCGCUGCAACGGCAGCCUGUGCAACGCCUCUCCCACCCUGUGGGCCGCAGAGCGUACGCCCCUGAUGGAUGAUCAACGGGAUUGGUGGUCUUUGGUCAAAUAUUUGUGGUCCAGGAAGCUCUGACAUACGGCACAUUGAUUGCACUUGAUUUACAAUUAUUUUAUGCAAUAAAUUAUGAAAAAUAUGUAGAAUCAGA